GCGACGAGCUCUCUCCCAGAGAGUUCCACUACACUUCCCAGAAUGCUUUGGCAACGGCGACGCCAUUGGUUGGUGUCGAGGGAAGUGCACUUGACUGAGCGGAAAUAGAAGAUCCGGGAGACUGGGAAGAGCUUCAGCCUCACCUCCCUCACUGACACAGCAUGGGGGAGAAGUCAGAAAACUGUGGGGCUCCAGAGGAUCUCUUCAAUGGUUUGAAAGUUACAGAUCCCCAGGGAGCAGACUGUGCUACCCCUCCGGUUUCCAGUCCCAAAGAUCACCAUCUGCAGAGCAAGCUGCUCAAGGAUGUCGGGUCUCAUUCCCAGGAAGACCAGGGGGAGGAGGAGUGUUUUCACGACCUUAGUGCCUCAUUUGAGAAGGAGGAGCCAGGAGCGGACAAGGUUGAGAACAAACCUGAUGAUAAUGUGAAUUCUUCUGAACUUGAUGAAGAAUACCUAAUAGAACUGGAAAAAAACAUGCCAGAUGAGGAGAAACAGAAGAGAAGAGAAGAGAGCACUAGACUAAAGGAGGAGGGAAAUGCGCAGUUUAAGAGAGGAGAUUAUACAGAAGCUGAGAGUUCUUAUAGUCAAGCCCUUCAGAUGUGCCCAUCCUGCUUCCAGAAAGACAGGUCUAUUCUGUUUUCAAAUAGAGCUGCUGCAAGGAUGAAACAGGACAAGAAAGAGAUGGCCAUCAGUGACUGCAACAAAGCAAUUCAGUUAAACCCCGGCUAUAUCAGGGCAAUAUUGAGGAGAGCGGAGUUGUACGAGAAAACGGACAAGCUAGAUGAAGCCCUGGAGGACUAUAAAUCCAUAUUAGAAAAAGAUCCAUCCAUACAUCAAGCAAGAGAAGCUUGCAUGAGAUUACCUAAACAGAUUGAAGAACGUAAUGAAAGGCUAAAGGCAGAGAUGUUAGGUAAACUAAAAGAUCUUGGGAACUUGGUUCUUCGACCUUUUGGACUCUCCACAGAAAAUUUCCAGAUCAAACAGGAUUCCUCUACUGGUUCCUACUCCAUCAAUUUUGUUCAAAAUCCAAAUAAUAAUAGAUAACAAAGUUAACAGUAGCUUGUAAAGCUGGCUUAGAGAUUGUGUGCUGCUUACUAUUUAGCAAGGGGGAAGGCCCUGCCAGUAUUUAACUUUUAAAAGCAUUUUAUCUCAAAAAUAGGCUAUCUCCUAGGGCCCAGUGCUCCCUUUUCCCUCUUGUUUUAUAAUCAGGGAGAAAUGCACUUCUGAUGUCAUAAGCCUAAUUUGAUUCCCAUUUUAAGGUGGUGUCUGUGCAGCUGUUGCCCUUGCUCUGGCUGUCCUUGGCUUUGUCUGGGACGAAGCCUGCUUGUCAAAGCUGACUUCCCUGAGCUAUAACACGCGAGCCCAGCCAGAGUAUCUCCUGUCCCAAGCAGACUUGCCGGUUGGAGACUACCCAGACGUUAUUCCUGGGGUUUCUGCCUGCUGUCCCGUCUCCCUGAUUACUCACACUGCCCAGGCUGCCGGGCAUGGGCUCCGGCGGCUCCUGGUUUCCUCUGUGGUAAAUAAACGCUUUCUGUGACAGUC